CUAUGUAACACCGUUAAGCUUGUGACUGCAGCGAGGGGGCGCUAAUGCACCAAAGUAAUGGAUACCAACCGCCGUAAAACCGUAGAAGAAGACCUACACACAGCAGUUAUCCAAACAGGCGACUACAAUCUUUCCUUGAAGCAGCGGAUGUCGUUCUUGGAUCCGUAAUGAUUUCACAUGGUUUUAAGAGCAGCAAAAAGGACUUUACCUUUGGUCCUUGGAGAGUGACGACUGCAAAAAACCACAUAAUGAAAUCCAAAGACAUUGAACGAUUAACCGAAGAGAUGAAUUUACCAUCCCUCCCAGAAAUGUUAUUCGGGGACAACAUUCUGCGCAUCCAACACAGCGACGGCUUUGGCAUUGAGUUCAACGCCCUUGAUGCCCUAAAGAGAGUCAACAAAUCAGAGCACACUGUCAAAGUGGCUUGUGCGCAACAAUGGCAAGAGAGCAGAUCGGUUUCAGAACAGUCCCAGGAUGUGGUGAGGCCUUAUGACUGGACAUUCACCACGGAUUACAGAGGGACCCUGAUUGGACAGGACAUGCAAAUGAAGGUGACGGAGACGACCGAAAGAAUUAACUUGGAGAAGCUGAGGGCCCGCGAACAGAUCGUCUUCUUUGAUGAGAUCCUUCUGUUCGAGGACGAACUGCAUGACCAUGGGGUGUCAAUGAUAAGUGUGAAAAUUAGAGUGAUGCCCACCAGUUUCUUCUUAUUGCUGCGGUUUUUCCUACGAGUGGAUGGAGUGAUGAUAAGAAUACACGAUACCCGACUAUACCAUGAGGCUGGAAAGAACUACAUGCUAAGAGAGUUCUGCAAAAGGGAAAGCAACAUAGGAGAACUGAAGAACGUUCCUGCUUCGCUCUACACAGAUCCUAAUGAGAUCGCUCAACAUUUAACCUUAAAGCUAAGAGAGUGUGAGAAGUUGGAGCUUCCCGUGCAGGAGGCUGUUCACGAAGACCUUCAGUGAACAGUAUAUUUAUUAUUUUUUUUAAAACCUUGCAUGAUGAACUACACACAUAAUCAUAGUUAAAUAAUAGUUUCCACCAGCUCCGCAUAGCAACGGAAAUGCAAUUGUCCGUUAGGCAUGUGUUUGUAUUGUUGCUUCCCAAUUGAUAUUUCCUAUUUGAUGGAUGAGAACCUUAAAAACAAAUAAAUGUUUUUUUUAAUAUUUCUUUGAGUAAUUAUAACUAUGGGGUGGGGGCGAUUGGUUUGACGUACAUGUGUGCAGAAUUUCCAAACUUAAUGCGAUCGCUCCUCUACAGUUAUUUAUAUAAGAUGAGUGCUAUUGGCCAGGGGUGCCGCUUAACCUUCCUCUUGUGUCUUUCUGGUAUCAUCUCUUAUGUUAACGGGUCAGUUUUGACGCAUGUAUUAAAUCAGCUAUAAAAUACACUAAAAACAAUAAGUUAC